AUGGUUAAUACGCCGGGUUUUAUCGAGCUCGACUCUUCGCUGGAUAGGACCGUAGUGUGGUAUUAUAGAGGUAAUACCGAAAACUAUGUGAGUUAUGCAACGUUUUUAGACUCAAUAAAACUCGAGUUGAUGAAUAAAAUCAACGAUUGCGUGCGUAUUAAUCCUAUAAAAUAUAAUUUGAAGUUGGAGAGCAUAUAUGUGCAUAGGGAAUUACCAGCCGAGGAUAGGGCAUUUAAAACCGUGUCGAGGGAGGUGUAUAUCCAUAGCGAUGUGAGUGCUAUGGUCGAUGAGGACUUUGCAGCACUCAUGUCGGAGGAGGAUAGGUAUAUGAAAAAGGGGUCGGGCUUCACCCUAUCCACUAUCAAUGGCCUGUUACUAGGUAUCUAUGAACAUACCCCUCUUGGAGGGUCCUCGUAUAUUCCACUCCCAGAGAAUAUUAUGCGGAAAAAGGCCGUCAUCAAUCCCUUGAACAUUGACGAUGACUGCUUCAAGUGGGCUAUUCUAGCUAGACACGUGUCAGUAGGUCACCAUAAUCAUGUAGGUCAAAAAUAUUAUAAUGAGGAGCAUCGAUACGAUUUUUCCGAACUAUCCUCCCCGACACCUAUUUCGGAAAUCUGUAUAUUUGAACGACGAAAUAGGGGGGUGUCGGUAAACGUAUACGGAUUGAAACCUGGUAAGGGUGGUAAGGUGGGUAAAGGAGGAAAGGAUGGUAAGGGGGAAAAAGUCGGUAAGGAGAGUGUAGUGUAUCCAAUCAGGGUUGUUGAAAAUGAGAAGGCAGAUCAUUUCGACCUUCUCGUAAUUGAAGGCUCAGAACGGAUGCAUUAUACAUACAUUUCAAAUUUUUCGCGGCUGGUGCGGAGCCAGAAAACAUCUCACAGAGGUAAACUAUUUAUAUGUAAAAGGUGUUUUACCUCAUUUGAUGAACAGGUUAAAAAAAAUAAAUUGUGUGGUAAUGAGGCUCUCAAACAACACAUGAGGUUAUGCGGGCCUAAUAAACCGAUUUUACCAGUUAUGCCGGAGGAGGGAGAAGUGCUCAAGUUUAACGGGUGGGGUAGCAUGCAGCGUCAUCCGUUUGUGAUAUACGCAGACUUUGAAGCCCUACUCGAAAAACAGACGGAGCGGGUGGGAGCGAGCACCGACGGGAUACAUGCACAUCACCCAAUGAGCUACGGGUACUUUGUCAAAGCGGCGGCGGACGUACCCGUAGAAUUGAUGGAGAAAUACGAUAUACCGCAGACGCCGGUCAUAUAUCGCGGGUCGGAAUCGCGUGACGAGGUAGCCAAACACUUUGUCGCCAGUGUGACCGAUAUUUCCAUCAGGUUGGGGAACCUGUUGAAAGCGACUAAUGUGCCGAUUUCGAUGAGUGUGGAGGAGGUACGCGUGCAUAACGCGAAGAGUGUAUGCGAUAUGUGUAAAUUACCGUUCACCGAGACCAGAUGCAAAGUACCCGACCACUGUCAUCUGUCGGGGCGGUUAAGGCAUACACUCUGUUCACCGUGUAACCUCAAGCUUGUCACACCCAAGUUUGUACCGUGCUUCCUACACAAUCUCUCGAAAUAUGACGCACACUUUAUCGUAACCGAACUCGGUUACGACAAGGAGUCGAUAACGGUGAUCCCCAACAGCGAGGAGAACUACAUCUCGUUCUCGAAGCGCCUCAUGCCCGGCUUCAGUGUAAGGUUCUUGGACUCGUGUCGGUUCAUGGCCUCGAGCCUGGCCGAGUUGGCCGGGAACCUCCUCACGAAGCCCGGUGAGUUUGGCAAGUUCCGCGAGACCGCCAAAGCGUUUCAGCCCUCCGACAUGCCUCUCGUCACGCGAAAGGGCGUGUUCCCAUACGAGUAUACCGACAAAUGGUCGAGACUCGAGGAGACCACCCUGCCACCGAAACGUGAGUUCUACAGUAUGCUGCUCGAGAAGCACGUGACUGAUGAGGACUAUGUACAUGCGACGGAGGUGUGGCAUCAUUUCAACUGUACAACCCUCGGUGACUACAGCGACCUAUACCUGAAGGUCGAUGUUCUCCUUCUGGCCGACGUGAUGGAGAACUUCCGAGACCUAUGCAUGUCAACGUACAACCUCGACCCCGUGUAUUAUUAUACGGCACCGGGGUUUACGUUCGACGCCAUGUUGAGGUAUACGGGCGUUUCACUGGAGUUACUCACCGAUUACGACAUGGUGCUCUUCAUGGAACAGGGUAUAAGAGGGGGGUUGGUCCAGGCCAGUGAGCGGUACUGUCGGGCAAACAACCCCAAGACGCCGGGAUACGAUGCCGAGAAACCACCAUCAUGGCUCGUCUAUCAAGAUUGCAACAACUUAUACGGGUAUGCAAUGGGAGAGUACAUGCCCUACGGAGGGUUCAAGUGGUAUGAGAGGGAUUUGGAUCGCUCUCUAGAGCUGUUGGACGGUAUGACUGACAAAUCCGACGUUGGGCGUAUCUAUGAGGUAGAUAUCGCGUACCCAGACCAUCUACAUGACGCGCACAACGAUCUCCCCUUCUUACCUCGGAAUGCCACACCCCCAGGCUCAAAAGUGAACAAAUUAAUGGCCACGCUGGAACGUAAAGAGCGGUAUAUAGUGCAUUAUAGAAAUUUAAAGCAGGCCAUCGCUAACGGGUUGAUAGUGGAAAAAGUUCACAGGGUGUUGGAAUUUAAACAGUCUGCGUGGUUGGCUAAAUAUAUAAAUCUAAACACCGAGAUGAGAAAAAAGGCCAGCAACGAAUUUGAACGUGAUUUCUUCAAACUGUUGAACAACGCCGUGUUUGGGAAGACUAUGGAAUGUGUUAGAAACCGUAUAUCCAUGGAAUUGGUGUCCUGCCCCCGACGAAUGCGCAAACUCAUAAAUAAACCCACCUUCAAACACGUCACCACGUACACCGAGAAUCUGGCCGCCGUAUCCCUACAACAUAGUGACAUACGUUUCUCCAAGCCUAUUUACGUAGGGUUCGCCGUCUUGGAAAUAAGCAAGGAGUUGAUGUACGACUAUCAUUACAAUGUGAUGCGGCGGCAUUAUAACGACUCGAUUAGACUGAUGUAUAUGGAUACAGAUUCCCUGGUGUAUCGGGUGUACACUGAUGAUUUCUACAAGGACCUGGUGGACAACCCUACGCUCCUCGAAAGGAUGGACACCUCGAAUCUCCCCGUAACACAUCCGUGCUACGUUGCUACACGUAAGAAAAUACCGGGAUUGUUCAAGGACGAGACGGCUGGCCGUACUAUGUACGAGUUCAUUGCACUCCGGGCGAAAUCAUACGCCUACAAAAUCGAAGGGGACGAAAAACUCGUGGCCAAAGGGAUUCGAGGGCAUGUGGUCCGAAAUCAUAUGACGUUCGAGGACCACAAGCGCUGUCUGUUCGAGGUCGACGACGAUGACAACGCUGCGGAUGGUACCGAGAGUGAGGAGGUGGGUGACGACGACGAUGACUACAUGGAGGACGACUUUGACGAUGACGUAACGCUAAAGGGUGAGGAGCUGAAACGGCGUGCUCGUCUGAUGGCCCGAUCGGUCAUCCAGACGAUACAUGAGAAUGCCGCCGCUGAUACCGCCGCCAACAUUGCUGGAGUGGAAUUUGUUCCAACACCACUCCCGUCCUAUACACCGUACACGCCGUACAGGGAGAACGUAUCAAUCCGAUCGUUCGAGCACCGUAUCAAAACGAUUAAGACCAUGAAAAUGACCCUUAAUCGUUUCGACGAUAAGCGCGUUGUCGACGACGAUCGGGUACGUACACGCGCCUACGGUCAUUACGCGUUACGCGUGUGA